GACAGAGACAGAGAGGGAAGAGAAGCUGGAAUGGUAAUUCACUCCGCGGAGGCAGCAAUAUGAGCGUCUGUGGUACCGUUCGUUGAGAAAACGCCGCGACGGACGUGACAAAAUUCCAUCGCCGUGAAAAUCGCAUGCCGAUACGUGUCGCGCGACGUCUCGCGUGUCCGCGAGUGUGUUGAACAGUGUGUCGGUGUCUGAUCGCCGUUCCUCUCUGCGAGUACACGCAUACACGCACACACGUGGAUAUACGGAUUUCUUGGGGUUAGCUCGCCGGAUUCACGCGAGGGAUUAUCGCCAGCCCGUAUCUUCGGUCGCCGCAACGCCAAGGAAUUGCUUUCGGUAAAGAUAAUUUUUCGACUUAGGCUAAGAUGUCACAUCACAGCGACGACAAUAUGCUGAUAGCGACGUCGGACUCCUUCUGGGAGCCGGGCAACUACAAGCGAACGACGAAGAGGAUUGAGGACGGUCAUAAACUCUGCGACAGUUUGAUAGCAUUGGUCCAGGAAAGGGCGGAGAUUGAAAAGAAUUACGCCAAAGCUCUCAAAAACUGGUCUAAGAAUUGGAACGACAAGAUCGAGAAAGGACCCGAAUAUGGUACGACCGAGGCGGCGUGGAAGGGUGUCCUCGUAGAAUCUGACAGACUUUGCGAUCUUCACCUUAGGGUCAAAGAAAACCUCUGCAACGACAUCGUCCAACAAGUCAAGACGUGGCAGAAGGACACGUAUCACAAGUCGAUGAUGACCCUGAAAGAGCGCAAGGAAAUGGAAGAUGCAUUCAAGAAGGCGCAGAAACCAUGGUCGAAACUCCUACAGAAGGUCGAGAAGGCAAAAUCGGAGUACCACAAUAGCUGCAAGACCGAGCGAACCGCGGCGAACAUGGAGAGGAACGCCUCGGCGGACAGUUCUCUCUCGCCGGAUCAGAUGGCUCGAGGCUCUGAAAACAUGACAGAUUGUGGAUGUGAUGCAUGGAGGCUCAGAGUACCAAAAAUCCUUAGGAAUAAUAAAAUAGGCGACGUUCAGUUUAAGGCUCUGCUGGUGAAGAAAAUGCAGGAUAGAGUGCAAAAAACGAAAGAGGAGGUACAAAAGGCAAAGGAGAAGUAUGAAGCGGCGCUUCAAGAAAUCAAUCAAUACAAUCCAAAGUACAUGGAAGAUAUGACGCAAGUGUUUGAGAAGUGCCAGGAAAUGGAGGCGCAGCGACUACAAUUUUUCAAAGACGUCCUCUUCGGCAUUCACAAAUGUCUGAACGUAUCGCAGGAUCCAGUGCUUCCACAGAUAUAUGAGGAAUUUUAUCACACGAUAAAUAACGCCGAUCACGAGAAAGAUCUUAAAUGGUGGUCUAACAAUCACGGCGUAAAUAUGGCUAUGAAUUGGCCGCAAUUCGAGGACUACACAGAGGAGUUCCGCGAGAUCACGAAGGGCUCGAAGUCGAAGGAGGCGCUCCCGGCAGGCUCCAUCACACUCAUCAAUCAACGCCCGGUCGGCGAGGAUCUGCAUGACUUUCCACCAGUCAACAACAAAUCAAAAUCGAAAUCCGCCGGCCGUGUAAUAUCAGCGGACAGCAAUCAUGGGGAUAGUAAAACCGACACAAUAAGUUCGAGCAAACAGUCUUCGGAGAAGAAUAAUGAGAGUGAUAACGUCAACAGGACUCCGACUAUUACUAACGGUACUAACGCCAAACAAGAAUCAAAUCCAUUCGAGGAAGAGGAAUGGGACGAGGACGGUGGUGAACCUUUGGUCGACAAUGGAGAACCAGGAGUUCCCGUGCGAGCAUUAUACGACUACGAAGGAGCCGAGGCAGACGAACUUAGUUUUAAGCAAGGAGAUGUAUUUGAGAAACUAGAAGACGAAGAUGAACAAGGAUGGUGUAAAGGAAGAAAGGAUGGUAAAGUGGGCCUCUAUCCAGCAAAUUAUGUAGACUUGGUGUCGCAAUAGAUUAACUAACUAAAAAGCCAAAUCCACAAGUUCGUUACUUACUUGAAUAAUGUAACCUUUGCGCGAAGAACAAAAAUUGCGUUUCGCUUCUUUUCGCUAUUGUCUGAAUUGAAAUUUGCGGAACGUCAAUUUCGCAGCGCAUUAGAGAAGAAAGAUUAAUGAUGAAUGAAUAUAUAGAAUGAAGAAAAUGAGUUACACGUGACAUUUUAAAGUCCGAAACUUGAACCUAAAUUGUCUGCAUUUACGAAUUGUAUAAAUAGCGAGAAGUAAUUUUGUUUCGAAAUCUUUCCUCCGCGUCAGAGGCAACUAGCGGAGUUUAUUUAAAUGAAUAGCUUCCUAUGCAAAAAAGAUAGAUCCUCACUCUUAAAAUGAAAUUUGUUUUUAGAUAGCUAGGUUAGAGUCAAAAUCCAUUAGUUAGUUUCAAUGAAUAAACAUGGAUUACACGCGAUAAGGCGCGUAUAGCAAGUUUAGAUAUUGAAAUAUUGUACAAUCAUACAUUUUAUGGAUCAUUGUUGCUAUUAAGAAUUUUUUGGCGAGGAGAGUUCUAUUUAAUUUAUUGUUAUUAAAAAAAUACUAUUAAAAUUUAACGUCUAUCUAAAUGGUGUCAUUGUACAUAAUAGACAUAAGAGUAUAGCAAUACGAAGUUAUUAUUAUUACCGUUUCACGAAUUUAAAGCAUUGAAAUAUAUUUGAAAUAUAUGAACAUAAAAUAUACAAAACAUUACUUUAAAUGAGUAUAAAAUUAAUAUACAGUAUGUAAAAAAAGAGGAUAUUUGGGACCCAGAAAUCAAUUAUUGUUCCAUUUAUUAAUUAUAUUUUAUAGUUGAAAUAAUGAUUUUGUGGCAAAACAAAUAAUCAAUGAAUUAUUAAUAUUAUGUUGAAUCAAGAAAAAUAUUUUCACAUCUAAAAUGUUGUGUGUAUAUAACUUGUUUCUAUAAAUCCGAUAUAGAAUUAUCUGCAUGGUUUUUUUUUUUUUUUUUUUUUUUUUUAAGAAUAUGAUUCUCUCUUGUAUAUUUCACACAGAGGAUUAACUGUAACACAUCGUAAAAAGUAUAUAGAAAUGUCUCGUAUUAACCAUUAUUACUUUAAUAAAUGUAAUAAUAUCUAUCAAAUACCCCACACAUAUAUCAAACAUGAAAUUAAUUUUUCUGAAACUAAAUGCAUAAAAUUCCAGAAAGAUACUCCACGUAUAAAUUGUAAAAAAAAUCAACGUGUAGCUGACAUUUUAGUUUCAAAAAAUUACAAUUUAUUUUGUAAAGCGCUUCUGACAAUGAGUUAUUUAUAUGUUAGCUGCAGAGUCAUAUAUAGGGAUAUUUAUAAUGAUUAUAAUAGACAUUGAAAAAAUUAAAUAUUCAUCAUUGUGAAUAUAUUGUGUCUAUAAACACAAUAUUUAUGUAAAUAUCGUAGAAUAUAGUAAAAUUUUUUUUUUUUAA